CAGUCCGGGAGCUUCACUCUGACGGAGGAAAGUGAGCAGGGAGGGUUGGUCAACGUGGCACGAAGGGACCCCCCCCAACCCCCUGUAUUUACCAACAACAGGCGCCUGUUUCCCAACACUGUACCGUCCUAGCGCACGGACUCUCUCUGAAAAAAGCUUCCCUCUACCUCGACUAAUAAAUGCCAAGAGAAACAAGACAAGCGCCAACAGAUAAGGAUCGCUGCUCAGAAGUGGAGAGAAAGACGAACAGUCGGACAAACACGUAGAGAAAAAAAAACAACCCAACAAAAGCGCACGGAUCGUCGCCGUUGCCUUUCUCAAUGCAUACCCUUUGUGCCCGGGGAACGAUGAAACCAGAGAUCAACGCCGCCGUCGGAUUUCUGUCGAGAUUUCUGAGGGUAAAAGGACACGUAAACGAUCGACAGGUCCAAACAUUCAGCCAAAGCUUACAGGACAUUUUGGCAGAGCAAUAUAAGCACCACUGGUUCCCAGACAGGCCCUGCAAGGGUUCAGGUUACCGCUGCAUCCGCAUUAACCACAAGAUGGACCCACUGGUGUGGCAGGCAGGCCAGCGCAUCGGCCUGACCAUCCAGCAACUCUACCUGCUGCUGCCCAGUGAGCUCACACUCUGGGUGGACCCUUUCGAGGUGUCCUACCGCAUCGGCGAGGACGGCUCCAUCUGCGUCCUGUACGAGUCCCAGCCCGGCCCCGUAGGAAUGCCGAUGGCCGCCACCGCCAGCUCCCCCUCAGGAAACAGCGGGUCGGUGAGCCCCAUGGUGGACAGUCACAUCAGCUGCAAGGAGGAACUGAUGGUGCUGGGCAGAACCAGUCCCUCCAAAGCCUACAAUAUGAUGACUGUGUCCAGUUAAAGAGGCACACCGUCACCCCGGCCUACUUUUGUUCAGGGUCACGCCAUGCUUGGUCAGAUCAUGUGACCAGAUCAGGGUGAGCCUUUUUAAAGCUAAGAAUAUGAAAUGAAAUAGUGAAAGAAGAGAAAAGAAAAAGAAAAAAAAAA